CAAAAAGCGCUUACGGACUAUGACUUCUGGCUAUUAGCUGACUUAUCUAUGCUGCAUGAUACUAAUGGACAAAGCAAAGGGAGUGCUAUGACACUAUGACUUCUGGCUAUUAGCUGACUUAUCUAUGCAUGAUACUAAUGGACAAAGCAAAGGGAGUGCUAUAACACUAUGACUUCUAGCUAUUAGUUAUCUGUGAACCCUCAUCUCAGAUCCUGUCAGAGAGUGUAUAAAAGUAGCAAAUAUGUUAGCAGGCAUGUUACUAAAUCUACCAUGGAAUCCAAAAGUGAAGGAAGAUUUACCUUUGAAGUUAUUCAUGCUCUCAUAAGCAGGAACGAGUACCCUUCAUCCUUUAGUAAAGAAGACAAGCGUUCCCUGAGGCGGAGAGUUAAAUGCUUUGAUGCAGUGGAUGGAGAAUUGUACUAUGUUGGAUCUACCCAAGAGACAGUUGCCAUAAAUUACCUAGAUAUUAUACAUAAUUAUAGUUAUCGCUAUAUAUUUGUGUCUACAUACUGUUACAUGCAGUAUUACAUUUUCAAAAAAGGUGAUGAGAAGAGGCUUGUUGUGGAAGACAAGGAGCAGAGGAAAAGGAUUAUAGGAGCAAUCCAUGAUCCAAGUCAUAUGGGAGUCAACAGAACAUUGGACAUGAUCACAGCCAAGUAUUACUGGCCUGGUCAAACAAAUGAAGUCAAAGAAUAUGUGAAAACAUGUACCAAGUGCCAGUGUACCAAUCCUAGACUACUAAAACCAGCAUCGACUCUCCACCCAAUACCAGUGACACCAAAGGUUUGGCAUACAGUUGGGAUGGAUUUGAUUGGCCCUCUGACAGAGACACCCAGGGGCAACAAGUAUGUCAUAACGCUCACUGACUAUUUCAGCAAGUGGGCGGAAGCAGCCCCACUACCAGACAAGACAGCACAUGGAGUAGCUAAAUUCCUUUAUUCUGUUAUGUGCAGAAUGGGCUGUGCAGAAGUCAUCAUCACUGACCAGGGUCGGGAAUUCGUCAACUCACUCUCAGCCCAGUUGUACCAGAAAACCAACACCCAGCAUAGAAUCACUAGCGCUUACCAUCCUCAGACAAAUGAAUUAACUGAGCGGUUUAACCAGACUCUUUCUAGGUGUUUGGCUAAGACUGUGAAUGACAACCAAGAUAACUGGGACGAGAAGAUCAACACGAUUCUCAUGGGGUAUAGGGCAUCACGUCAAGCAUCGAUUAAGCAUUCUCCUUACUUCAUGCUCUUCCAAGCUGAGAUGCGUUUGCCGAUUGAUAGUGAGCUACUGCCCGGUCAGCCUGAAGAAAGAACCCCAGAAGAAGUUAUUGAGCAUCUUUUGAAGAGCCGUGAAGAAGUGUUCACAACAGCUGAAGCCAACAUCAAGUCAGCACAAGGCAAACAAAAAGAAACGUAUGACAGAAAACACCAGCAAGUCAGCACACUUAGCGUGGGUAUGAAGGUUUUGCUGGAGAAUACUGCUCAAAAGCAGAGGAAGGGAGGAAAACUGGACUCAAGAUGGCUAGGGCCAUAUUUCAUCAACCGAGAUUUAGGUAAGGGCUUAUAUGAGCUAAAAAACCUUUCUGGUCAAAUACUCAAGAAGAAGGCGAAUGUCUGUCGGCUGAAGUUGUUUAAUGAAAGGAGCUUGUCUAGAGACAAUAAACAGCCACCAGAAGGCGAUCGGCCACCAGAGAGAGACGACCAACAGCCACCAGAGAGAGACGACCAACAGCCACCAGAGAGAGACGACCCACAGCCACCAGAGAGAGACGACCCACAGCCACCAGAGGGAGACGAUCCACAGCCACAAAAGGGAGACGACCCACAGCCACCAGAGAGAGACGACCAACAGCCACCAAAGAAAGACGACCCAAAGAAAGAGGACCCACAGCCACCAAAGAGAGACCCUAAGUCAAACAAAUGUAAGACUAAGGAUGUUUUCAAGAAGACCGAAGUACAGUGGGUCAAUGAGCUCUCUCUCACGGCACAUGACAGAGAGAUACUACUCGCCCCAACAGGCAUGCUGUCUGACAAGCAUGUGGAUGCUGCAAUGAUGCUUUUAAGUGGCCAAUUCUCCAAAACAUCUGGGUUGCAAUCGUCACUUAAAGUGCAGUUUCGUCUUGGUUUUCGCCCAAUUGAUUUGGACAAGCGCACAAGGGUUCAAGGAGUGCAGAUACUGUUUGUGCCAGAACGUCAUCACUGGAUCCUGACAAGUUGUAUUGAAGGCAGUGUCUAUGUGUAUGACAGCCUGCAGACAGGCACUAAGGAAUUUCCUAGAUCUGUAGAAAAUCAACUACUCCAGCUCUACCAUCCAACACUUAGUCCACCACAACGUCAAGAAAUUGGUUUACUGGCAGAGUGUCCGCCUGUCCAACAACAACAAGAGUCAUAUGACUGUGGCUUAUUUGCUAUUGCAUGGGCGUACCACCUCUUAGUUGGAGACUCUUUAAACACGCUGACACUGGACCAGCAAAAACUCAGACGGCAUUUGGUAAGGUGCUUUGAAAAGAAGAAACUAUCAAGGUUCCCAAAAUCAAGGCAGGAGACCCCUCGAAGUGAGAUAGUGUGGGUAUCUGUAGUAGCUUCGUGCUACCAGUGCAUAAGGCCUGACUCGUGGAACGACAUGGUGCAGUGUGAUGGCUGCGACAGGUGGUACCACAUGAAGUGUGCACAUAUAAAGAAAGCUCCAUUCAGUGACUGGCACUGUAAAGACUGCAAAUAGACUGCAAAUAGAUAGCUAGUUUUCUGUUGU